AUGCCUUCCCCGACAGACAAUUUACCAAUCUACAUCCUCUCAUCCAUCGUCCUGCUCGGCGCUUUUUCCAGAUUCACCCACGGCGUCUACACCCCGCAGUGGUACGCGUUCCAAGAAAGUCACGCCCCAGACGAUGGAUCUUUGACGGCCACCAUCACCCCCAUAAUGGACACACUGAUAGGAGUCAGCUUGCUCUUCGGAGGUCGCGUCCUUAGACUCCUUGCCGCGUCUCUGUCCGUCGUAUUCUUUACGCUUGGGCUCGGUCUACAAAUGCAGGCGGGUAAAGCGUAUGGUCCAGACGUGGCGCUUGUGGUACUGGGCAUCGUCGCUCUGUUCAGUCAAAUUCGUAAGUAG